AUGCUCAUCGUUGCGGUCGCUGGCGGUAUAGGGAACGUGCGCCGCACCGUAGUCGAAGAGAUACUGCAGCGUAUGGAGCAGAGAUGUAGUAGCGCCUCGCUUGACUCCUACAUCCACCACAAGCCAGGCUCUCGACCUAAGAACAUCCCACCCACUUUCCCAGAACAGCGCAACAUAAACACCGUCAUCUCGGCUCUGAAUCUGCCCCAGCCGAGCGUCGCAGACGCAUAA